AUGAGUCUUUCAAUUGCCUCCAAGCUCCUCCUCACAUCCCUCGCGGUUAUUCCGGCCUUUGCCGGCCAGAAAGUCCAGGCUGCAUGGAUGGGUAGCAAUUUCAACACUGUCAGCGGUCCGGGUGGAUCCGGCACAGCAGGUCAUGCUAGUGGCUUUGCCCUACUUGACGAAGAUGGCAAGGAUAUCUACAAUGCUGAUUACCCUGAUGGCUAUGUAGCAUGUGCGGCGGUCGGGCAAACAUUCAAACUCGAUGGUGGAUGCUUGACAGAUGCGCUGUAUUCGUUCAAAUGUACAUCUACCGAGGGUGGAGUUCCAAAGACCUGCGAAGUGCUUGAUGGACACGGUGGCAGCCUAGGUACAGGUAAAGGUGAUUCCAGUACCAGCUUUUUCGGCGUUGGUAUUGCUCAAGGUGGGGGGUGUUCUGUGGAAUUUGAGCUGGCGGAUAAUAUCGAGUGUGGAGAGCAGGGUGGUUUGACCGGGCAUAUCCAGUGA